UCGAUCGCUCUCUUUCUGCUCUCUGUCUCUCAAUAUUGCUUUCUGUGCAAUAAUAAUAUCUCCCAAAAGGCAGCAGCCGGCGUCCUGUCCCAGAGAAGAGAAGAGAAGAGAAGAGAAGUAGCAGCUAGCUAGGCUGGCUUUCCAUCGCCUCGCCACCAUCAAAUCAAAAUAGGCCCAAUUAAACCAUCAAAGGGACAAAAAGAAGCUAGUAGGAGGGACGCCAUAUAUUCGAGCCGGCCGGGGUUUAAUUAUAUUAAUUAGUAAGUACUAAUAUUGCGAUCGAGUAAUGGGAAGGGCUCCAUGCUGUGACAAGGCGAGUGUGAAGAAGGGUCCUUGGUCUCCGGAGGAGGAUGCCAAGCUUAAGGAGUUCAUAGACAAGUAUGGCACCGGCGGUAAUUGGAUUGCCCUCCCUCAAAAAGCAGGUUUGAAGAGGUGUGGGAAGAGUUGCAGGCUUAGAUGGCUGAACUACCUUAGGCCCAACUUAAAGCAUGGCGACUUCACAGAUGAUGAGGAUAGAAUCAUCUGCACCCUCUUUGCCAGCAUAGGAAGCAGGUGGUCCAUCAUAGCCUCCCAUCUCCCUGGCAGGACGGACAAUGAUAUCAAGAAUUAUUGGAACACGAAGCUAAAAAGGAAGCUCUUGGGCAUCUCUCCUCAGAAGAGGCCAAACCAACAACAACACCAACAACAGCUGCAGCAGCAGCAGCAGCAGCACCAACUCUUAUUCUCUUCACAAUCCUUAUUAUCGUCUCAAGAUAACUACUAUACUACCCAAGGUUCCCUCCUCACAGGCCUUCACGACCACUUGCCUACGCUAUCCCAGGAUGGUAACAUUGUUCCUUCCACUACUUCAACUUUUACAAGUCCAAAUUACCAAUUCCAACUAAAGGAGAAUACUAGAAACAUGAUCAUGUUUGGGGGUGAGCAAAGCUGCAGCUCCUCAGAUGGGAGCUGCACGCAGAUAAGUUACGGCGGCGGAGGUGGUGGAGGGGAGCGCUUGGGCUUUGAGAGCUUUUUCUAUGGCAGUUUUGAGGAGAACCAAAAGUGCUUCACUGGAGGAGGAGGAGGAGGAGGAGGAGGAGAAGGUGAGGUGGAAAGGAGUAAUGGGCUUUUCUGGGACGCUCCAUUGGAGUACAACUACGAGGAGAUAAAGCAACUCCUUGUAAGUUCUAACAGUGGAUGCAACAACAGCAGCAACAACAACAACAACAACAACAACAACGGCAGUAGCAACAGCUUCUUUAUUGUGGAUGACCCUGAAACAAGAAAUGCAACAAAAGGGAGCUACAAAGCUUAUUUUGAGUAGGUUUUUGGUCGGCGUGAUCUGAUGAAGACUUUGACAGCUUCUGAGUCCCUUCACGCAUUUGGUGGUCUGGUCAUCAGAUUUGUGCGGCGCCUUAAUUCCCUUUUUCGGCUGUAGCAUACAUUUACCAUUUAUACUUGGGCAUUCGAAAGAUGGACAUCAUAUAUCUAUGUACAUGCAUUGUUAAUUAGGUCUGCAAGAUACAUCAUUACACAGUACUUAAAUGUACACAUAUAUGCAUAUCCAGUUCGGCUCAGGUGCAAGAUGCACUAACAAACUAAGCUUUGAGGGCUUAAAAGAAGCUAAUGGUUAAUUAUUAGAUCAUUGAUUUUAGCAUACAUGUAGAAGCAUUAUGGAAUUGAGCCUUCAAAGCUCAGUUUGUUAGGGCGCCGUGCACCUAAGCUAAGUUCACGCAUGAUCUAGAUCUCUAUAGCUAGUUUGGGCACUCGAAAAUUAUAUGCUACGAAAUUUUUCAAUACCAACUUUGUAUUGUAUAUUGGUAAUGUUCCAAGCUUGAACUAUUAUUGGUUGGUAAGAC